UCCCAGAGAACAGGGGUCUCGCUGGUGGCCUCAUCUCUAAUCAAGCUGAAGUGUGCUCCGGUGGGCUGUGGGUGCUGCUGGGGGAUGUGAGGAGGUGGUGGGUGCUUUGAUGCCGAUCCCCGCACCUGCUCUGUAUUCCCCACCUGCACCUCCUGGGAUCUCCCUUUCCUUUAUUAGCAGCCGCUGUGAGGGCGGGGGCUCGUUGCCCUGCGGCUGCUGCGGUCUCGGCUGUUGUAUUUACCUCGGAGGAUGAACAGCUCGUUUUACUUCUCGCGGUCGCUGUCAGAGGAUCGGCCCGUGGCUGCGCUCUGGGGCUGCCGGCUGGCCACGGGCGCCCGGAGCUGCGUGGUGAAGGAGGACGAUGACUUUUUGGAGCACCUGGUGCUGCUGAGAACGAUCUGCCUGGGGGCUGAGGCCAGGGACGAGCUGCACGUGGUGGCUGUGGAUUCCAAAAACGCCUCCGGGGAGCACAGGCCGGUGCCCAUCGCGGCUCUGAGGAGCUCCCUGCUCCCCAUGAUCAACCUCAAAGGUCUGGAGCUCGUCCCUCCCGUCACCUUCGUGCUCCAGUGCGGAGCUGGGCCGGUCUAUCUCAGCGGGCAGCGCGUCACCCUGGAAGAUGGUGCCGUGUCUGAAACCCACGAGGAAGAGCUCUCGGAGGAAGAUGGGGGUGAUGAGGACGAUGAUGGAGCUUCAUAGAACAUUGGAGAAGACUUUGGCUCUGGAGCUGAGCUGGUGAGGUGGAGGAGGGGGCAUCCUGUGCUGGGAGCUGCCAGUGCCCGUGCCAAGGGCGACGCAUCCUCGCAGAGGGACACAAACUGUGCCGUGCCUUGUCCCCUCUCUGCUUGAGAGCUCCCCUGGCACAGCUCAGCCUCUCCUGCCUUUUUGUGUAGGCAAAUUCCAAUUAAUAAAUGCAGGAAUGCCCUUUUGUGCAUAAGUGACCGAUUAUUUGAUGCAUGAGCACCCCAUCAGCUCAGCCACGAGCACCCAAUUCAUCACGGGAGGGUUAAACAGCGUAGACCCGAGCACCCCAGUAAGGUCUUUGGGUGUCCAGCUGAGCUCCCGUUAUUUUAGGAACAAAGAGGGCAUGAGGAAGCAUUUCCCCCAAAUACAUUUUAAUUAUUUACAUUUCCUGCUGUCUCAACGCCUAUACCACGAUAAAUAGCACAGUUACUGUGUUAACUGCAAUGGCUCAAAAUAAGUCAAACUUCCCCCAGCUGAGGUGGGCUCUGAGGAUUUAUCUUGGGAGGAGGUUGUGGCAAAUGGGGGUUUAUUUCUGGU